GUGGAGUGGAAUCAGCGUCAGACUCGAUUCCUCCUCCUCCUCUUCCUCCAAAACCUGCCACUUGCCGCGGCUCCAACCACCCCUUUGACGGGAGCCUUGCCCCGCGCGGGACCGCGGCUCCAGCCUGCCGCUGCCGGGCCGCGCAGCCCGCCCGCCCGUCCGCGCCCCCGCGCUGCCCCGUAGCCCUGAGAUGGAGAGCAAAGCGCUGCUGCUGGUGGUGCUGGGCUUGUGCUUCCAGAGUCUGACCGCCCCCCGCCAAGGGGUGGCCGCCGCCGACAUAAUUACAGAAGGAAGAGAUUUUAUAGAUAUUGAAAGUAAAUUUGCCCUAAGGACCCCUGAAGACAUAGCGGAGGACACUUGCCACCUCGUUCCUGGAGUGACAGAGUCGGUGGCCGCUUGCCACUUCAACCACAGCAGCAAAACCUUCGUGGUGAUCCAUGGCUGGACGGUGACUGGAAUGUAUGAGAGUUGGGUGCCAAAGCUCGUGGCCGCCCUCUACAAGAGAGAACCAGACUCCAACGUCAUCGUGGUGGACUGGCUGUUGCGGGCCCAGCAGCAUUACCCGGUGUCCGCCGGGCACACCAAGUUGGUGGGAAAGGAUGUGGCCAGGUUCAUCAACUGGAUGGCGGAGGAAUUUAACUACCCUCUGGACAAUGUCCAUCUCUUGGGAUACAGCCUUGGGGCCCAUGCUGCUGGCAUCGCAGGAAGUCUGACCAAUAAGAAAGUCAAUAGAAUUACUGGCUUAGAUCCAGCCGGACCUAACUUUGAGUAUGCAGAAGCUCCCAGUCGCCUUUCUCCCGAUGAUGCGGAUUUUGUAGAUGUCUUACACACGUUCACCAGAGGAUCACCUGGCCGAAGUAUUGGGAUCCAGAAACCAGUAGGGCACGUUGACAUUUAUCCUAAUGGAGGCACUUUUCAACCAGGAUGUAACAUUGGGGAAGCUAUUCGAGUGAUUGCAGAGAGAGGCCUUGGAGAUGUGGACCAGCUGGUGAAGUGCUCCCACGAACGCUCCAUUCACCUCUUCAUUGACUCUCUGUUGAAUGAAGAAAACCCAAGCAAGGCCUAUCGGUGCAAUUCAAAGGAAGCCUUCGAGAAAGGGCUCUGCCUGAGUUGCAGAAAGAACCGGUGUAACAACUUGGGCUACGAGAUCAAUAAGGUCAGAGCCAAAAGAAGCAGCAAGAUGUACCUGAAGACGCGUUCCCAGAUGCCCUACAAAGUCUUCCAUUACCAAGUAAAGAUACAUUUCUCUGGGACUGAGAGUGAUACACAGACCAACCAGGACUUCGAGAUCUCUCUGUAUGGCACUGUGGCCGAAAGCGAGAACAUCCCUUUCACCCUGCCUGAAGUUUCCACAAAUAAGACAUACUCAUUUCUAAUUUACACGGAAGUGGAUAUUGGGGAGCUGCUAAUGCUCAAACUCAAGUGGAAGACCGAUUCGUACUUCAGCUGGUCGGACUGGUGGGGCAGCCCCAGCUUUGCCAUUGAGAAGAUCAGAGUGAAGGCAGGAGAGACUCAAAAAAAGGUGAUCUUCUGCUCCAGGGAGAAAGUGUCUCAUCUAAAGAAAGGAAAGUCGUCGGCGGUGUUUGUGAAAUGCCACGAUAAGUCCCUGAGUAAAAAGUCUGGCUGAACUGGGCAAAUCUACAGAAGGAGGAGCAGCACAUGAAUUCAGUGAAGAAUGAAGCAACUUUUACAAGAGGCGCCCAGUGCUUUGGGUGGUUAAAUGGAUUUUCUUGAGUAUUAAUCCCAGCUCUAUCCUUGCUCGUUAUUUUAGGAGACAGUCUCAAAACCCAAAAACUGGCUAAUUCAAUUUGAGGAGUAUAGUGGCCCAAAAGCAUGUCUUCUAACAUUAAAAGAUAGCAGAUCUGAAAGGCACUCCAUAUUGUCCUUUGAGAAAGAAAUGAGAAUUUCUUGGGCCCAUGGUAAAAUAAUAAGGCUUCCUUACAUAGUGAGUUUAGCUAUAACCUAAGACUCAGUAGAGCUUCAUAUUUUAAUAGGAAUUCUGCAUUUUCUGGACUGACACCUCAAAAUUUUCUCCAAGUCUGAAUAUAAAAGAUGAUAUUUUGUGGCAUGAGUAGACCCAUUUACUUACUGAUUAAAACAUCUAACUUUUUUGAAAUGGUUCUCCUCUUACCAUUGAGAUGUAGCCCAGACAUUAACAAGGAACUAGUUAGUGACUUGGAAAGGUGAAUGGAAAAUGUAGUUGAUAAAGCACUAAACCUUUAAACACUCCCUGCAGUUGGUUGCAUCAUAGCUAAGUUAUGAAUUACAGGAGAUAUAAAAUUUAGAUCAAUGAAGUCUUAAUGGGCUUUUCAGUUUAUUGUUUAACCUCUCCCCUCUUUUUCUGGCUUUGUCCCAAGAUUACAUUUCUCUGAGUAAGCAUUUAAAGUGAGCCUGUUAUUCUCAUAGUUACUGUUCAAUUUUAAGUUUACCUUAGUCAUACUUUGAGCAUCUCUUCCUUCCCUGGUUUCAGUAAGAAAAUAUUUGUUUGAGGUCAAAUUUUACAUCAUGCAAAGACACAUCUUAGACAAGGACCACUUUUACUAAGUAAAUAAAUGGAAAAGUUACUGGGAUAUAUUCCUAAAUAGUGCUUAAAACCAUUGUGGAUGAUUAAAAGAAACUUCAAUUACUAUAGCCACCUGAAAUGCCAUGAGAGUUGUUUUUAACAACUAGUCAAGAGUGCGUGAACAACUAUUUAUAAACUCGAUCUCAUAUUUCCAGAAUGCUUUUCUAUAUAUUGAUAUAAAUUGGUAAAGAAGUCAAAUGUCUCAGAGGCUACUGCUGGGAAUUUAGACUGUGAACAUGUGUGGUUAUCUGAACAUAAACUCACACAUAAAGCCCCGCAUGCUUAUUAUUCAGUGUGGCUUGGAAGGUAAACACUCAAGAGAUGUAUUGGAACACAUUAGAGUAGCAGUUGUUCCAGAGGUGCCAGAAUUUCAGCCCUUCAUCUGAGAAAUUUGGCUCUGCCUAGAAAAAGUAGGACACACAUUGUGCCUGAUAUCAGCCAGCUUGGAAUGGAUUCUCUCUAAAAAUAAAAUGUUGUGCGAUUUGUUGUUGUCAUCCCCCUUUUUUGCUAAUUCAUCAAUUUUCUGGAUUUGGGUUUUCAGCAAGGGUGCAUAAACUUUAGAAAAUGUUCAUCAAAUCAGAGGAUGGCCCUGGGGAACUCUGGCUUCUACAGACUUCACUAUAUAUAUCAAUAUUGCUUUGGCUUUAAGUGUUAUUUAUUAGCUGUAAAUAUGUGUGUGUAUGAGUAUGGGGAGUUUGUACAUAUUGGAAAGGUCAUUGUGGCUACUGCAUUUAUGAACAUGUGGUGCUAACUUUGUGUAUUUUUAUCAGUGAUGGUCUCACUGAGCCAGCUUACCCUUAUUAAAUAAUACAAUAAAAUGGGCUUUUUAAAAAAAAAAUGAAACUUACUUAACUAUGUGAAGAAAUGGAAUCUGCUUUUAAUAAAAUUGACAAAACUUUA